AUGCCUGAGUUUGAUGUCAUUGUUUUAGGAACUGGACUGAAGGAAUGUAUUUUAUCUGGACUGAUGUCAGUCAAUGGAAAGAAGGUCCUUCAUAUCGAUUGUAACUCAUAUUAUGGAGGAGAAAGUGCCUCUGUUUCACCUCUAGAAGAGCUUUAUAAGAAGUUCCAGGUUCCAGCUAAUGUUAAAUCUAUGGGCUGUGGGAAAGACUGGAACGUUGAUCUGAUUCCCAAAUUCUUUCUUGCCAACGGCCAAUUGGUGAAGAUAUUGCUCUACACAGAGGUGACGCGCUAUUUGGACUUUAAAGUGGUUGAAGGAAGUUUUGUGUACAAGGGAGGAAAAGUUCAUAAAGUUCCCUGUACUGAGGCAGAAACUCAGACUUCAGAUUUAAUGGGCAUGUUUGACAAGCGCAGAUUUCGGAAGUUCCUUUCCUUUGUUCUGAACUUUGAAGAGAAUGAUCCACGGACCCAUCAUGACAUGGACCCUCACAGAACCACCAUGAGAGACGUCUUUCGUCACUUUGACCUCGGUGCCGAUGUUCUGGAGGUCACCGGCCAUGCGCUGGCCCUUCACAUUAAUGAUGAUUAUCUGGAGCAGCCGUGUGUUUCGACCAUUAACCGCAUUAAGGUUUACUCCGAGUCUUUGGCCCGUUACACCCAGAGCCCGUUCCUCUACCCUGUGUUUGGCCUGGGCGAGCUGCCGCAAGGUUUUGUCAGGCUCAGCGCCGUCUACGGAAACCCCUACAUGUUGAACAGACGUGUUGAUGACAUCGUAACGGAGGGCGGACGAGUGACGGCGGUCAAAUCAGAGGGAGAGGUCUUCGGGUGUAAGCAGCUGAUCUGUGACCCCAGCUACGUACCCAACCGUGUGAAGAAAGUGGGCCGGGUCGUGCGAGUCAUCUGUCUGCUGAAUCACCCCAUCAAAAACACCCAUGAUGCAAACUCGUGCCAGAUCAUCAUACCUCAGACACAGCUGAACAGGAAGUCAGAUAUCUACGUAUGUAUGGUGUCGUACUCUCACAGUGUAGCCGCAGAAGGGAAGUAUGUUGCCGUCGUGAGCACCAUGGUGGAAACCAGUGACCCAGAGAAGGAGAUUCAGCCCGGGUUGACUUUACUGGAGCCAAUCACGCAAAAGUUUGUGUCUAUCAGUAAUCUGAUGGUCCCUACAGACGACGGGCGCAGGAGUCAGAUCUUCAUCUCUAGAUCUUAUGAUCCUACGACACACUUUGAGACAGAGACUGAUGACAUCAUGGAUCUAUACCAGCGUGUCACGGGGUCAGAGUUCAUCUUUAGGGACCCCAGAGAGGUAGAGGUAGACGACAACUCGGACGAAUAGAAAAACAACAGGAAGCCACAACAGUGUGUUUAUGUCAAACAUUUCAAUGGAAUCAAUCACGUAAAAGAUAUCUUGACUAUGAAAUGAAAUUAACAUUGCAUGCAAAAAAUACUGUGAAAAAGUUUUCAUAAUAACAAAAAUGUUUAUUAUUGACACUUUAUUAAUCCUGUACCAUAACAUUUAAUACUAAAUUGCAUUUAUCUACAUGUUAACAGCAACACUGGCAAUGCUUUCAAUCUUUCUGCUGCUGAAUGUUUCUUCUGAUGUUUUUGUGUUAGAGAAGCAGAGCUCUGUUUUAAUAAAGAUCUGU